AUGACCAUUGGAUUUGGUUCAAAGAUACCUGCGUUCUUGUCUUCACUUUCAGGCGUGAUGUUUGUUGGCAAGAUAUUACUGUUUGCAUUGGGAGCAAUCCAUCCAUCUGUACAUGGAUUAAUUGCUUUGGUGUGUCUGGUGUUUAUACAAAGGGAAGCAGUGUAUAGGCUUAUUGGGAUUGUGCUGAUUGUGGCCUACCUAAGAAUGCUAUUUGGAUCCUCUUUUGGGUUUGAGGCUCUUUCGAGAGGAUACAGUGCUACUCUUUCUGAUGAGAGCGGUGAACAAGGAGUGGACGAGUGCAGUUCAUCAGGGGAGUAUUUUGUUACCGACGAUCAUGAAAAAGGGAACGGCCCGUUUGACAGGAUGCGCAAGGAUGGUUGUGUAAGAACUAACAAUGGUUGCUCUGCUGAGACAUUCGAGACAUCUCAUAGCCUCCUGAAUGGGCAUAGAAUACGGUGCCGUUUCUGCUCAGGACUUGCUUCCUAUGGAAUAUAA